CCUCUGGUUUGAGAUCGGGAGGGUGUCUGUCUCUUUCUGUCUCAACCAUUUCCUCCCUUCACUCAGGACCUCUCUCUCUGCACAUCUCUUAUCAGUGACCUUAUCACAGCUUUGCCCAGGCGCCUUCCUCUGGGAGGUGCUGGAAAAGCCAGCAAGGGGAAUUUACCCGGAGGAUAAUGACCAAAAGUCCUUUUACAUAACUAAUAUUACUUUUUUCUUCAAAAACAAAUACAGUGGAGUACAGCUGCUUCAGCUCAGGGUGCCCCCUUUGCUGUUUUGGUGAUAGAAGAUGAGGAGGCAUCGGUUGUUACCGCUAUGUGCCCUCCUGGGUGUCCUGUUCGCAGGACUCCUCCCUAACCUUGAGGCUCAGGAAGAUUGUGCACAAGGGUUUGGAGCUGACAUUUACUUUCUAGUGGAUUCAUCCUGGAGUAUGGGAGCGGAGAACUUUGAGCAUGUCAGACAAUUUCUAUACAGCUUGAUACAAUCACUGCACCACGUUGGAGGGGACAGAUUUAAAUUUGCCCUUGUGCAGUACAAUAAUAAGCCUCAAACUGAGUUCCAGCUCAACAGCUACCCAACAACAAAGGGAGUCCUGUCACACAUCAAUGCUAUGCCGUACCGUGGGGGGGGCACCCGGACUGGCCUGGGCCUGGAUUUCCUGAUUCGUACACACUUGACCACUGCUGCGGGCAGCCGUGCUGUUGAAGGUGUGCCUCAGGUGGUGGUGGUGCUAACAGACGGGCGCUCCCAAGAUGACGUGGCCGAACCAGCUCAGGUGCUGUGGCUGGCAGGCGUGGAGGUGUUUGCAGUUGGAGUUCAGGACGCAGUUGACUCGGAGCUCAGGGAGAUGGCUAGCAAGCCUCAUGACACUCAUGUAUUCAGUGUAGACUCUUUUCUGACUUUGCGGGAUAUAAUCCAAGAUUUAGUAGUGGGGCUUUGCGGUGCAGUGACGCAGUCAGGGGGUGGUCCUGUGGCAAACGAGGCCCCCGUGGCUGGAGGAGGGACAGGUAAUGAAAUGGGACCAGUGUCACUACCAUUACUAACGUGUCUACAUGUGCAGGACGAAGCUGCUGCAUAUGUGGCCUCACAAUCACAAGAUUCAGCCGACCUAAUAUUCUUAAUUGAUGGAUCACAGAACAUUGGAGCAGCAAACUUCCCCUAUGUGCGUGAUUUGGUUGUGAGAAUCAUUGAGCGCCUUGAUGUGGGCAGGGACACUGUUCGGGUGGCUGUGGCCCUGUACAACGGCAGCCCAGACAUAAAGUUCUAUCUAAAUAGCUAUGACAGCAAGUCAUCAGUCCUGGAAGCGGUGAAGGGCCUUGCCUACUCAGGGGGCGACGAGUCUAACCUGGGGUACGCCUUGGAGGAAGUGGCCAGUAGCCUUUUGAGCCAAUCUGCUGGGGGCAGGGCAGACGAGGGUGUGCCCCAGAUGUUGGUGGUUAUCAGUGCUGGGCCAUCCACUGGUGAUACUGGUGCUGGUGACCGGGCCCUUAAGAGGGCUGGUGUUAUCACAUUCGGCGCAGCAAUUGGUGACACGGCCACAACAGAUCUGGAAGCAGUUGCGACAGAUAAAAGUUUUGUCCUGUCAGCCUCUGAUUUCAGAGCACUGUCAAGCAUGGGUGACCAGCUGCUCCCAUACAUUAACGGGGUGGUCCAGCGCACCAUUAUAGUUCAGAAUGAGUUCACAGAAGUCCUGGCAGUCGGAAAAAGAGACAUCAUUUUCCUGAUCGACAGUACAAUGGGUGCCACCAUCAUCAACUCCGUACGUGAAUUCAUCAAGCGGUUUGUCGACAUCAUGCCAAUUGGUCCAGACCAAGUUCAAGUGGGUGUGGCCCAGUUCAGCGAUGUCCCUCGACUUGAGAUGGACCUCAACACCCAUGGAUCCAAAGAAGAACUAGUUGCGGCUUUGGGCACUAUCAAACCAAGACCCGGACAGACAGUCAACAUUGGAGCAGCUUUGGACUUUGUGCGGACCUUACUUGAUCUGUUCUUCACCGAUAAAGACAACCUAAGGAUCGGCCUGGCACAUUAUGCAGCAGAUGUGAAUGACGUCUUCUACCUCAACACAUACAAAAACAGGAAAGACAUCGUAGAUGCCAUCAACCGAGCAGAGUACAAAGGUGGACGUACACUCAACACGGGUGCAGCCAUUCGCCACAUUCAAGAUGUUCACUUUACCAAAGAAAAAGGCAGCAGGAUUGAUGAGGGCACUCCUCAGAUCCUAAUGCUUUUCACUGGAGGACGCUCAGCUGAUGAUGGAAAAACAGCAGCCCUUGGUCUGAAGCAAAAAGGUGCAAGAAUCUUUGCUGUAGGAGUGGGUAAUGUUCAGAAUGAGUUAGAAGACUUAGCAAGCGAGUCCACAACUGUGGCUCGACAAAGGAACUUUGAGAAACUUGAGGAUCUUACUGAGCAAAUCCUGGAGACUUUGGAUGAUGAAGUGAAAGGGAAGCUGUGUACUGGUGUGCCAGAAACAUCUAAACCCUGCAACAUAGAGGUGUUGGUGGGCUUUGACGUUUCUGCCCAGAACAUCUUCAGUGCUCAGACCAACCUCCAGAGCAAGAUGGGGGCCAUUUUGCAGAGGAUUUCCAAAAUGGCAGCUAUCAGUUGCUCAUCUGGGCAGAUUCCUUCUGUGCAAGUGGGCAUGCUGGCUAUGGACUCUGCCUCUGAGCCUGUCCAGCUGGACUUCACAGACAAUGCUGAUGAGCUCUUUGAGGCCUUCAGAGCCCUACGGAGUCGUGGCCCCUUUGUCCUCAAUGGCAAGACCAUUGCAGCUUACACCAAUAGGUUCAAAACCAGACAAGAUGACGUUGUCAAGGUUGUCAUUCAUCUGACUGAUGGUAUUGACGCCCCAUUCCCUGAAAUGAAAAGGCGAGUUGAGGAGCUUCGGGGGUCAGGAGUGAACAGUUUCAUCCUAGUCGGGCUGGAGCGGGUGCCCAAAUUUGAGGAGGCUUUGCAGCUGGAAUUUGGUCGCGGCUUCAGGUACACCAGACCGUUACGCCUCAAUAUCAUGGACUUGGACUAUGAGCUAAUGGAAGAACUGGACAAUAUCGCAGAGAGAGAGUGUUGUGGAGUGCCAUGCAAAUGUACUGGCACCAGAGGAGACCGAGGAGCAGUUGGUCUUCCAGGUGCUAAGGGCAGUCCAGGAGCAGCAGGAAGCCAAGGACAUCCUGGAGAUGAGGGUGGACCUGGAGAGAGAGGUCCCCCUGGUGUGAAUGGAACUCAGGGUUUCCAGGGAUGUCCUGGACCAAGAGGUCUCAAGGGCGGCCGUGGCUACUCAGGUGAAAAAGGUGAAUUUGGAGAAAUUGGGCUUGAUGGCAUCAAUGGAGAAGAGGGCAAAAGUGGAGUGGCUGGACCCCCAGGAGAAAGAGGAAACCCUGGCAUGAGAGGUCCCAAAGGUAUCAAAGGACAAGCAGGAGACAGAGGAGAAAUGGGAAUCAGAGGAGACCCUGGUACAAGUGGACAAGAUAACAACAGCCCAGGACCUAAGGGAGACCCUGGGGAUGCUGGACCAGCGGGAGAGCCUGGUGAGGAUGGAAAGAAGGGAGGCCCUGGUGAAGUCGGAAGACGGGGAGCUGAUGGCAGAAGAGGCCCACCUGGUGCGGCCGGAGUUCCCGGAAAGCCAGGAGCUGAUGGUGUUCAGGGAGAGCCUGGUAUUGGAGGAUCUAGAGGUCCACCUGGACCACCAGGUGCACCUGGAACCGGCGGAGAAGCUGGAAACCCAGGACCCAGGGGUCCUGGAGGUAAACCAGGUCCCGCAGGAGCUAAGGGAAGGAGAGGAGCUCUUGGUCGCAAGGGAGAGCCGGGAGAGCCAGGACCUAAGGGUGUUGUUGGCCCUCUUGGUCCCCGUGGAGAGCCUGGUGACGAUGGUAGAGAUGGAUUUGGCGUCACAGGGCCUAAAGGAAGAAAGGGUGAUGAGGGCUUCCCAGGAUUUCCAGGACCAAAGGGAGCGGCCGGUGACCCUGGCACCAAGGGCGGACCUGGACGUAGAGGAAAUCGUGGACAGAGGGGUGUCUCUGGGGAGAUUGGUCCACCUGGACAAAAGGGAGAGGUUGGAUAUCCUGGGCCAUAUGGUGAGAAAGGACCGAGAGGACCAGGGGUUGUGCAAUGUGAGCUGGUUAAGAAGAUCAGGGAUAACUGUCCUUGCUGUUAUGGUCAGCAGGAGUGCCCACUCUACCCCACUGAGCUGGCCUUUGUCCUGGAUGUUACUCAAGGCAUUGGCCGCCCAGUCUUCAACAAUAUGCGUGACACAGUCUUGCGCCUAGUCAAAGACAUCACCAUCUCUGAAAGUAACUGUCCGAGAGGAGCUCGUGUUGCUGUAGCCCUGUACCAUGAAGACGUGUUGACUGACGUCCGCUUUGCUGAUGCAUUGAAGAAACGUGCCCUGGUGCAGCGCAUCGAGGGCCUGCAGAUCCCACAGAACACCAAGAAGCGCAGCCUGGAGACGGCCAUGAGCUUUGUGGCCCAGAACACCUUCAAGAGAGUGCGCAGUGGCUUCCUCAUGAGAAAGGUGGCCAUCUUCUUUGUUGGUGGAGCUGUCAGUCAGACACAAGAAAUUACUAAUGCAGCUCUUCGCCUCCAUGAUGCUGGAAUCGCAACUCUAUUCUUGGUCAGAGGUGAUGACAAAGCACUAAGCAGCGCACUGCAGGUCAACAACACCGCACUAGCUCAGGUGAUAUCCCUUCCCAACCCUGCAAGUGCACAGUACGAUUCAGUAAUCCAAAAGGUGAUGCACUGCCAUGUCUGCCUAGACAUCUGCUCUCCAGACCAAAUGUGUGACUACAAGCCUCCACCAUCCAGCCGAGAUAGGAGGUCCUCCACCACAGAUGUUGACAUCGACAUGGCUUUCGUCAUGGACAGCUCUGAGUCUACCUACCCAACCGUCUUUACUGAGAUUAAACGUUACAUCGCGCACAUAGUGGAUCAGCUACAGGUUUCUUCACAUCCCACAUCAUCCGUUCACCAGGCCAGAGUGUCUGUGAUCCAGCAAGCACCUUACCAGUUCAUUCACAACAAAACUGGCUCCCCCAUCCAUGUGGAUAUUGGCUUGACUGAGCAUAACUCAGCUCAGGAUAUUGUCAAAUUUCUGCUGGAGAAGACACCGCAGUUAGAGGGCGGCCGUGCACUGGCGGCGGCUAUUGAAUCGACAGUGGAGCAGGUGUUCGAGAAAGCUCCUCUCCAGCGUAACAGGAAAGUACUGAUGCUCUUUGUGACAGGAAGUGUGGAAGAAGAAGAGGCACAGCUGGUGCGUAUUGCCACUGAGGUCAAGUGCAGAGGCUACUUCCUGGUCAUCCUGGGUGUGGGUGAGAAGCUGAGUGCUGGAGACGCUCGCGUCUUGUCUCGCAUGGCCAGUGAACCAUCAGAUGUCUUCUUUAAGCGGUUGGACAGCAUCUCACACUUUUACGACAAACACAUCCAGACCUUUGGCACUCUGCUACCAAAGUAUAUCAGCAUUGAAAAUGCUUUCUACAUGUCCCCUGAAGUGUCCAAAAACUGCAAGUGGUUCCAGAGUGACCAGCCACUAAAAAACCCCUUUACAUCAUCACGCCAACAGGAGAAACAUCAGAAACAUCAUGAAAACCACCAGGAAGUUCAUCACAGACAGCACAAAGACACAGAUGAGCUGCACGUCUCUAAUGUCACCUCCAGCAGCUUGAAACUGCGUUGGACCAGCCCAGACCCGAAGCUCUUCGUCUACUUUGAGAUUGUGGUGACACGGUUGCACGACCAUGCCCUGGUGCUGAAGACCAAUGUGUCAGGCACAGAGCUUUCCGUGGACAACUUAGAGAGCGCUCAAACAUAUCAUGCUGUGGUCACUGCCCACACUGCAGAGGGUCAAAUUGUCUCCACCCGCAAAGGCAUCAUGACUACCAAAACAGCUGAGCCGAAGCCAGCGCAUAAGCCAGCCAGCCAAGGCAGCAGUACUGUAAAUACCGCACCACUGGACAAACCAGAAACUGUUAAUGAAUUUGCAGACCCAUGCUCACUUGACUAUGACCCUGGAAUGCCGUGCAAAGACUAUCAGGCUAAGUGGUUCUUUGACAAAAAGAACGGGAUCUGUACACAGUUCUGGUAUGGAGGUUGUGAAGGCAAUGAAAAUAGGUUCGACACUGAGGCCCUCUGCUUGAAAAACUGCAUGAGGUCAGUGCCAGAGCCUCAGCCAGAGGUGCAGCAGGUUGAACAGGUGGAGAUCAUCCCGGCUCCUGCGGCCUCUACAGCUGUGGACAUUUGCCAGCUUCCCAAAGAGGAAGGUACUUGUGCCAAAUUUGUUCUCAAGUGGCACUACGAUGCCGCUAGCAAGAGCUGCACACGCUUCUGGUAUGGAGGCUGCGGUGGAAACCAGAAUCGCUUUGACACACAUCAGCAGUGUGUGAAGGCUUGUGGAAAACCAGCACCCGUCAGCCAAGGAGUCAUCGCUUCUAUAAGAACAUAGGACACAACAUGGCCAGCUUUCCCCUCUGUUUAGGGGAUUCUGAGGAGAACCAUCCAAAUGGCCAUACUGUAAAGAUGCAAUACCAAAGCAAUGGUGGCUGCACUGGAUUCCACAAAAAUGGACUUUAUCCCCCAAAUUCUUGAAGUAGUCUUUUUUUAAACAACAAGAAGGAAGGCAAAACAAUUUGCUGCAUGAUUUGUUUUAACCUACUGGUGCUACAUAGUAUGUUUGUUUUACCGAUGGAGUUGUUAAGUGCAUUCAGUUUUUAAAGUCACAUUUUCUGGAACAAUGGCAUCAUAUGAGUUUUCAUAAUUUUUAAAAAGCAGUUUUAUAAUUAAGCAAGAAACAUAUAUGAAUAUCUUGGACAGAGAUUAGCAAUAAAUCAGUACAUGCAGGACUGGCAUUAUUCAAUGCAGUAAUGUUUUUUUUAUUGCGUUUUUUACAUUCCACAUUCACAUAGCAAUAUUGGCUUUUAUUGAUUUAUAUUGUUUUAGAACUCACUUGAUCCCUGUGGAAUCAUUACUUCACUAUUUUACAGUCACAAAAUCCACAGCAAUGUUUACACAAGUCUUGUAUGGUGGUGUGUGUAUUUAAAUGACAGUGUCCAAACAUUAAUGUAAUGUUAAGUGCACUUCUGGAUCCACUGCCUCAAACACACAAUUUCCAGCUAUUGAGAAAUGGAAUGUACUUGUCAAGCUGUUUUUAUUUUUUGUUUCAUUUGGUUUUACUGAAAUUUGUGUUUAUCUGGGUAUAGGGGAAAUAAACAUGAAUUAGACUUUCUAAUAAACAUGAGCAACUCA